ACACCCCGCGGACAGCGGACACUGUUAGCUGAAUCACUCCCCCUUUCAGGAGGAGGGAGGGGUAAAAGGUGUCUAGCCCCUUUCUGCUGAAAAAAGCACAGGGAGAUCGCGGGCAGCUUUGCAGUCACUGCCUUCUCGCGCCUGGACCAUGCACCCCUGCAUCUUCCUGCUGGGCCUCAGGCGAGCACUUCACUUCUGGAGCUGAGGGUUGAAACUUUUUUGACUUUUCUUCUCCCCAACAACUGAAUCAUGCCAUGUGCCCAGCGGAGCUGGCUUGCAAACCUUUCCAUGGUGGCUCAGCUCCUCAACUUUGGGGCGCUUUGCCAUGGGAGACAGCCUCAGCCAGGCCCGUUUAGCUUCCCGGACAGGAGACAAGAGCAUUUUAUCAAGAGCCUGCCAGAAUACCACGUGGUGGGCCCAGUUCGAGUAGACGCCAGUGGGCAUUUUCUGUCCUAUGGCUUGCACCAUCUCAUCACGAGCAGCAGGAGGAAGAGAGAUUUGGAUGGCUCAGAGGACUGGGUGUACUACAAAAUUUCUCAUGAGGAGAAGGACCUAUUUUUUAACUUGACAGUCAAUCGAAGAUUUCUUUCCAAUAGCUACAUCAUGGAGAAAAGAUAUGGGAACCUCUCCAAUGUUAAGAUGAUGGCUUCCUCCGCCCCCCUCUGCCAUCUCAGUGGCACGGUUCUGCAGCAGGGCACCAGAGUUGGGACGGCGGCUCUCAGUGCCUGCCAUGGACUGGUGAGUAUGGGCACUGGCCUUUCCUUCCUCUGCCCUGGCCCCUAGAGCCUCAGCCGGUGACCUACUACCAACAGAUUCACAGAUGCACUGAUAUAUGGGAGUUAAGCCCCUGUGAUGUGAUGAUCCUGGCCUCCAGAGG